AUGCUGAAGGAAGUGGGAGGCCCUUUCGCGGAUGAAACGCGCAUCUCGCUGGUGAAGAAGUUGAAUGAUUUGAAGUUCUCGUCCCUGGAGGAUCGCACUGCGGAGGGGUCUACUGAAGCAGGGGAGGAGAAGAAGAACACGGAUGAGGUGUCGUCCCCGGCCGUAGCUCCAGAGGUUCCUGCUGAAGGGGAAGAUGAAGAGGAGGAUGAGGAUGACGGGUACCUCAGCGAUGACCCGGAGGAACGUUUUGACCCCGUGAAGGCGGGGGAGAUUGCCGCGCGUGCUGGCUUUUCAAUCACGCUCCUGAUCCCGAUCAAGUACGAAGAGGAGGUGGAGCGGACUAUUGACACGGUUAAGGGUCUGCUGGCGCUGUGGAGAAAGUAUAUGCUGUCGGGGUCCCGCUCGGGUUCGCUGACGGCCGCAUCGCUUCCUGCGUGA